UUUCCAACGCUUUCUUAACUAAUUCUUGUUUGCAACUCAUUUUGUCUUCUCCAUCUUCUUCCUUCUUCCAAUUCUUCACAUUCUCCAUUUGCAUUUCUACUUUGUUCUUUAUUUCCCACUUUCUUCUUUAUAAAUUUUGUUUCCCCAUCGAAUUUCAAUUUCCUUCAACCGUCGAUCACACCGUAUUCCGAAAUUUCCCACUAUGAGUCUUCAACCUACACGAUCGGAGUUGGAAUCUACUGUUCUUGACGGCAUCAGUCCUAAUGCCGUCGUUCAAAUCCAACCGUCGUCACCGGGUUCCUUUUUAUCACCGCGUCAUUCAUUGGAUUCUCAGCGGAGAAUCGCUAUCGCUGUUGAUUUGAGCGAUGAGAGUGCAUACGCCGUCCGUUGGGCUGUUCAGAACUAUCUCCGUCCUGGUGAUUUGGUGUUUUUUCUUCACGUUCAGCCUACAAGCGUUCUUUAUGGAGCUGAUUGGGGAUCAGUUGACCUUCAUCAAAGGAAUAGCAGCAGCGACGAGGUAAGCGCUGAAGAAACGCAACGAAAGAUGGAAGAUGAUUUCGAUAAUUUCACUACGACCAAGGCUGCUGACUUGGCUCAACCUUUAGUGGAGGCUAAUAUUCCUUUCAAGAUUCACAUAGUCAAAGACCAUGACAUGAAGGAAAGACUCUGCCUCGAAGUUGAACGAUUAGGGCUUAGUGCUGUUAUCAUGGGGAGCAGAGGUUUUGGCGCCUCAAAGCGAAUUACUAAGGGCCGACUUGGAAGUGUUAGCGAUUACUGCGUUCACCAUUGUGUGUGUCCGGUGGUGGUGGUUAGGUAUCCGGAUGACAAGGAUGGUUCUCGUCAUGGAGAUGCUGAAGCCGGCGGCUCGGUGAAGAGUAUUAUUAGGGAGGAAGUGGAGCUUGAUCCAGUGCCUGAAGAUGAGCAGGAGUAUCAUGAUGGUGACGAGGAGGUCAAAGAUGAUUAAAUGAGGUGAAUGGUUGUUUGUGGCUGGUAGUCUGUUCAUAAACUGUACAGGUGACAAAGGUAGAGAAGAUUGCUGAGUGAAUUGAGUUGACUUGAAGAGUUUGUUGUUUGUACAUGAUGAAAAUAUUUCAUAUCUUUUGUUGGAAGAACAAAAACCUUUAUGGUUAGAGAUUUCCAUUUUCCAUUUGUACAUGGUGAAAAAGUAUUUCAUAUCCUCCGUUUGAAGAACAAAAAACUGUAUGCUCAGAUAUUAGUUUCUAUUUGUGUAAUGUUCUUCUCACACUCUACUUUUCAUAUAUAACAGUGCAUAUCUUACAUA